GGAUGGGCAUGGCCGUGGCCGUGGCCGUGGGUGUCGGCAUGGGCAUGGGCAUGGGCAUGGAUGUGGGUGUGGGCGUGGGCGUGGGCGUGGGAAUAGGGUCGGUAUCUGGAGGAGAAGCACGAGCGCGAGAACGCGGUUGGGCUGAUGAAUGCGUCGGGCGAUGCGUAUCUGGCAUCAUCUCUGUAUCUGCCGAAUACAAUGAGCCACCGAUCGAACAGCAGCGUGGUGACCGAGGGCCAGGAGUACGCCAUUGAGGCGCUCAGGGACGAGCUGGAGCAGCUGACGGUGGAGAACACCGAGUUGGAGGCGCGGCUGGCGCAGAUUACAAAGGAAGGGCGAGCAGAUACGCUCCGCAAUGCACUCGCCGACUCGCCCGUCCUUGCCGGGCGCUCGCUCGCCGAGAUCGUCGAGUUUCUCGAGACGCUCUCAGACUCGAUCGAGCCGUCAUCAGACGCCAGCCCCGUCAUUGAUCCCGAGCUGCACUCGAUUCUCGACGACCACGUGUAG